AUGCUGCAGUCUACACUCGCUAGCCUCAAUCUCCUCGCAGACCCCGGCUUCCGUCAGAUUGAUCCCAUUUUGGAACUGUGGAAACAGUUGCGACAAGACUUCGACGCUAACAUCGCUGAUGCCCGCCGCACCGUGGAUGACGACUCGUUUUCCGCCUUCGUCCUCAAACAAGUCAACCGUGCGGUGCUUAAAGCUGCCCUUGACUUGGACUUGGCUGACACCCUCGGGAAAAUUGACGAGUCAGUCAUCUCUGCUGAGGCUCACUACCGCCUGUCGGCUACUCUUGAUCGCUGGUCCGUCUCUAAAUCCAUCUUCGUCUUCCUCUUCGGCACUGAAGUUGCCCUGAGCCGCGUCACACACGAAGCCCUAAAGAACCUCCACCAGAAUCUUUCUCACCCUGACAUCAUUCAACUUUACGAGGCUUUCGAGCGCACCGCUCCGUCGCUCCAGGCUCGUGGCACACGCGGAAAGGCAAAUCGCAAGAAUCGGAAGGCCGUUGACCGCUUGAAGGAAGCGGUUGUCAGUCUCUGCCCCAACGCCUGGCCCAAGAGGGAGAGGCCGUCCAAGCCGGCCAGCGAAAAGCCAGUUCAAGACGACGACGACAGCGACAAGGCUUCAAGCGUGGUUUCCAAGAACGAGGAGAUCGCUUCACGCAAUGGCAGAGAGCAUGUAGAUCGUCUUGUUGUUGAUGAUGACUUCUUCGCCGAUCGUGAUAGUGACGGCAGCGAAGCGGACGUCCCGUACCUAAAUGACCGCGACAGUGACGACAGUGACGCGGAUGUCCCGAACCUAAACAAGCGCAACACUGACGACGGUAAUGUGAAUGUCCGAAACUCGAACGUGCUGACGCGCACACAUCUACCGGCAUCUUUCGACCACGACUUAUCCACCAUCAUUGAAGAGUCAGCUGUGUGGCAGCAAGAGUUAGGCGCAUCGCCCGUCCCGCUCGCUACCGCACCUCCGAAGUUUACACUACCCAAAGCCAACCCAGAACAAUCGGCUCUUUUCGAAAGUGCUAGUGUUGAUGCUGUGGCUAAUGCUGAUGUUGACAUCGGGUUUCGUCUGGAUCCAAACAUCACCGCCAGGAAGCAUCGCCGGUCCUCGGCCCAGGCCAAACCAGUCACACCUCGAAAACGCAUCAAGACAGAAGGACAAAGACUAUCACCGGAAGCCCUUGAUUUCGACUCAAGUUUCCAUUUCAAAAAAAAGUCCUCACAGCGCGAGACAUGCCCCGAGUCUUUCGAGUCCCCCGAGGUCGGUCGAUCACAGUUUCCCGCCUUGGACGACUCACUUUUGAGUCAGAAAAGCGACAUUCUCCAGUCUCCCAAGGACGAAAGUCUUGCCAAGUCUCUGCAGAGACUUUCACGUCCUUCAGACAGUCAAACAUCGCUCUUCUCCCCCACUUCUUUGAAACAAGCUUCGUCUCUUCAACAUAACAGUCUUGUUACUCCGUCCGACGCUAGUACCGCCAUAGAAAUGCAGAGUAUGAGUACGCCGAUUUUAGAUGACACGGCCUGGCUGUCGGGCACUGUUGUGGCCCAGUGUCUCUCCAUAAUUACCAUGUCAGCUGGAGAACGACAGCCCGGAGAGCCAUGCUGGCUGCUGAUUGACUCCCUUACCACGGGAAGCCAAGCCAAAUUAAGCCAGUCGACCUACGUUACUAUGUCGCGAUCUGCCAGCCCCUGCAUUUUACCCUUGUUUCACAACAAACAUUGGGUCCUCGCUAUUAUGCGCAGAGACAGGAUGGCCUCUAUAGAAGUCGACUUGUACGACUCUCUUGAAAGCAAGGCGCAUACCGAGACGUCCUAUGAGCAGCUCGAAGUCUUUUGCGACCGGUACAUAGCCAAAUCUACACGUCUUCCCGGGUACAUCGCCAAUAUACCCUGCGCCCAACAGACCAACACCAACGACUGUGGCGUCUAUGUUAUUGCGUUUGCAGCCCAUAUAGUCUCUCAGAAGACCUUGCUAGCUUUUGACACAAGGUUAUGGCGCAUCAUAAUUCAUAUUAUGAGGGAAUUGAGCUACCCGCCCCCGGAACAGCCGAUUGCAGCAAAGGAAGACCUACGACGCCUGUUCCUAGCUAAAUACCUCAACGAGAGCCAGCUAGCCCUUCCGCGUUUCCCAAUUCAGCUACCGGAGCUCAAGACCGAGGCCACUCAUGAUGGAUCCGUAUGCAACAUAAACGAGCUUGACGACUUCGCCGCACAUGUUGUGGAAGCUCAGAGGCGCUUGCGAGCAGACACAGCCAGAGCUGUCCGGUCUCGGCUUUCGACCUGGACCGCGGCUCACCGGCAUCUUAUGCGUACCUGCUCGGCUCUAGAAAGGCUGGCCGAAAUGGCGACUGCCACCUCGGCGGCCGCUGACGCCAAUAUUAAGAAGAAAGAACUGGAAACUCAGCAGCACCAAGAUUUCACCUCAAAGAAUGAAGUAGAUGCUGCCACUCAAAGGGAGUUCGAUCAGGCAGUUCGCGAGCUGAGACAGGCGAGGAAACAAGCCGAGGAGAUCCGAGCAUGCGUAAACGUCUGGACCUUUUUGGUGCAAAUUAUUGAGGAAGCCCGGGCGACGUUGGAGGAACGUUUAAGUAUGACGCAGCUUGAGUAG